AUGUCAGAAACUGAGCUGCAAAAGAUAAAAGUAAGAACAGCCGAGCAUUUUGAAAAUGACAAAAAUAACAUUCCUUGGUUAAAAGAAGGAUUAUCCAGCUCAAAUCAAAAUCCUCUUGGAGAAUCAAGUAUACAACUCACAAAUGAAAAACAUUCAGAUGAAAAACCCAUUAAAGCUAUUGUUAUAAAUUCAGUAUCUGAGUUCAGUAUCACAGAUGGACCAACCAAAGAAACCCCCAGUGAGAAAAAACUGUCAGAAUCCAGCACAUCACUGUCCUCCCUUGAAGAAUGCCAAACGAAAUUUUCCUACCUCCAAAAUGAUACUUCAGUUCAUCAGAGAGACACUGAUGAUGAGUGUGCCUCUCUCAUCCUUACCUGUCUGUUUUGCCAGUUUUGGGAUUGUCUCCUGAUGCUCCCAGAUAUAUGUGAAACAUUAUGCACCAAUUUAUGCUGCCCUUCUCAUGGAUAUCACCACACCUCUGAUGAAAGCCAUUCUCGGAGUGACUGUAAUUGCAACUGUGACGUGGACUGUAGCCUUUUUGAAUCUUGCCAUGAGACCAGUGAAUGCCUGGAGUUAGCCAUGGAAAUUUCAGAAAUCUGUUAUCGUUAGGACAAAGAGACAGCCAUGUUCUAGCAGAUCUUUUGGCCCCAAAGGGACAUCAGUGACAAUAAGACUGUGAUUUCCAUGUGCUGAAAAGUAAGGACUACUGCACAUUUCUUGGAUGCUAUAGAACAUUUUAUUCUGCACCUGUCUGGAAAAGCUAGUAUUGUCAACUCAAUGAUCUCAUUCCAAAUUUCACAAUCGCAUAGCUUGUUGAAAAAUAAAAUCUUGAUCACAUGUGAGGAAUACAUCUUAAAUGCCUCUUAAAUGCCACAGGUACACAGCAUUGCUUGACUAUAAAAGAGCAUGCAAAACCACUGUAAUUGUAGUCACUGGCUUGCAUCGUGGAUUCUACUUCAUUCACAAAUUCAGGACAAAUUAUUGCAUUCUUUCAGGAUUGACAUACAUUAGCUUGUCUCUCAAGUGGACUCAUGCAUAAACA